AUGGUCCGGGGGACCCUUUCUGCCCAUCACGCCCAUCGCGUCCGUCGCGACCAUGCCACCCUUGAAUGCCCGCUAACCCCUGGGCGCCUGGACCGCCCGGCGGGCCACGUGCUCCAUCUUGGCCUCUCUCACCCAUUGGUCCGGAUGGCCCUGUCUCUCCUCUUGCUCCGUCUGGCCCCUGGUGACCUUGGGGACCCAUUAAGCCGGGCUGUCCUUGCGCUCCCGGAAUACCAGGUGGGCCCCGUGCUCCAUCCCGGCCUCUUUCUCCAGUAUCACCAGCGGGACCCUGGUUUCCUUGAUCGCCUUGAACUCCCCUUGGCCCCGAAGGACCUGUAUCACCUCGAGGCCCAACGGCUCCGUCCUUGCCAGGCUUCCCCUUUUCCCCUCGAGGUCCCCGCACACAUUGCCUGCAGCACGUACACCACCCGACUAUGA